AUGGAAAAAAAACAAGUCUUGUCCGUGACCGCUUACGUUUUCCUAUUCUUGUCUCUGGCAUCACAAAUUCAUUGCAGGUGCCAUUCCAAUGGUAUUCGUGGCGGUGUAAACCAACAAGAGCCGAAGGAGAAAGAUCUAAUCAGAAGUUUUCCCGGACAACCUCGCGUUAGCUUCAAACAAUACGGUGGUUUUGUGCCUGUAAACGAAACAACCGGACGGUUUUUUUACUAUUAUUUCGUGGAAGCCAUCAAAGCCAGCGACUCCGCUCCUCUUGUGCUCUGGCUUAACGGAGGACCAGGAUGCUCGUCUCUAGGUGGUGGGGCACUUAUGGAGCAUGGACCCUUCCGCGUACACAGCGACGGCAAAACUCUUUUUCGCAAUCCUUAUGCAUUUAACAACGAGGCGAACGUGUUGUACUUAGAAUCUCCAGCAGGAGUAGGAUUCUCGUACACGAAUACUCCAGAGGAUAUGAUUGACCCAACGGACAACAAGACAGCAGAGGAUAACUACAUGUUCUUGGUGAAGUGGCUCGAAAGGUUUCCCGAGUACAAUGGAAGAGAGUUUUACAUCUCCGGUCAGAGCUACGCCGGACACUAUGGUCCCCAACUUGCCGAGCUUAUCCUUCGACGUAACAAGCAAACCUUCAUCAACCUACGAGGCCUUUUGCUCGGUAAUCCAGCUCUUGACCCCAUGGCUGAGUCAAAUAGUCAGAAGCCAUUUAUGUUGUCUCAUGCUAUUAUUUCACAAAAAUAUAUGGACGACUUCCUUAAUUGCCAAAAAGGACCGGUCUUGGAUCUUCAAAUCUGUGAUGAUGCGCUUACGAAAAUAGAAGCUCAGAUGAAACACGUGAACAGUUACAGCAUUCUCGCUCCAGUAUGCAAAAACGCAAUGUUGACUAGUAAACCCAAGAAAGGCACCACAGUAAUGGGGUAUGAUCCGUGCAACGAUCACUACGUGACGGCUUAUCUUAACAGUGAAGAGGUUCAGAAGGCGAUACAUGUCAAGUCCACCAAAAUACAGUACGUGUGGCAGCACUGCAACCAUACCUUAAUAGAUUUUUGGAGCCAAGAGGAUUUAGAGCUCAUAACGGUUCCUCUCCUCCACGAGAUAAUGGGUCAGGGCGUUCGAAUAUUGGUGUACAGUGGAGACUUGGACUCGAUGAUUCCGGUGACCGGUACAAUCCAAGUGAUCAAGAGUAUGAAUCUAACGGUUGAGAAGUCAUGGCAUCAGUGGUUUUCUGGAGGAGAGGUGGGAGGGUUCACAGAGGAGUACGAAGGAAAUUUGACGUUUGCAACUGUGAGAGCAGCAGGCCAUAGUGUGCCACUCGACCAGCCUAUACGUGCUCUUACUAUCUUUACUAGCUUUAUUCGUAACACUCCUCUUCCUAGUACCCUCUGA